CACCUCCACCGCCGCCGACGCCGCCGCCAUGGCUCGGCACUCCGAGGUACAGCUUCCGCCGUUCCGCACAAUGGACGACUUCUUGUGCAGCUCGGCGCGAUUCAGCCUGCCCGACAUUAAGGAUCCAUUAAGGUGGAACAACCGGGUGAUCAAUAACCUGCUCUACUACCAGACCAACUACCUGGCAACUGUCGCCGGCAUCCUCCUGCUGGUCGGUGUGAACUCGGUGCAGCCAGAGUCGGGGAUUGUUGCUGACAUCGACAUCGGUGAGCUGCUGUAUCCCAAAAGUUCGGAGAGUUACUACACAUUGAAAAGCCAGCCCAUCACUGAAAGCGCCCCGUCGGAGCUGCGGGAGAGCCGUCCCACUCCCCCCUCAGCCAUGAGCUCGCGGGUGCUGCUUCGCCAGCAGCUGAUGAGGGAGCAGGCGCAGGAGCAGGAGAGGCGUGAGCAGGCGGCCGCCCAGAGGCAGCAGGAGCGGCCCCCCGCCCCUGCCGCCCGGCCCAUCCCCGUUGGCAUGCCCACCACCGCACACGUCCCUGCCAACAUCCUGAAGGUGCAGACCCAUCUGGAGAACCCCACCAAGUACCACAUCCAGCAGUCUCAGAGGCAGCAGGUCAAGCAGUACCUUUCCACCACCCUGGGCAACAAGUCGGCCGCCUCCCAAGCCAUGGCUGCCGCUGCCGCCGCUGUCCCCUCUGCCUCGCCCGGACCCCAGGAGCGGACGCCUUCCCGAGCCGGUGGGAGCACCCCCGGCAGCCCCAUGGUCCUGCUCAACAUCGGCUCCAACACUGAGACGGAGAUUGACGAUGUUAUUGAUGAGAUCAUCAGCCUGGAAUCGAGCUACAACGACGAUGGUUUGGGCUUGCUGGACAUCGGGGUGCAAAUGCCCAACACGCUGCCGGUGUCUGGGACCCUGAUGAGCGCGUACACCAACCCAGGCCUGAGCAAAGCUGCCGUCACCAUCAGCAACUCCUGCCCAGCCAAGCUGCCCAAUGCCAAGGAUGCCACAGAUGUCGAUAUGAAAGCUUUGAUCAAAGAACGACAGAAGAAAGACAACCAUAACCUCAUUGAGAGAAGACGGAGGUUUAACAUUAAUGAUCGGAUCAAGGAGCUGGGAGCCAUGAUCCCAAAAUCGAAUGAUCCAGAAGCCCGCUGGAACAAAGGCACCAUUCUGAAAGCGUCGGUGGACUACAUCCGCAAGCUGCAGAAGGAGAGCAGCCGCUCCAAGGAGCUGGAGUCCCGGCAGAGGAAGCUGGAGCACGCCAACCGGGUCCUGCUGCUGCGGAUACAGGAACUGGAGAUCCAGGCCCGGGUGCACGGCCUGUCGCUGAAUUCCCCCUCGGGCCUCAGCACUGCCCAGCUGGCCGCUCAGGUCAUCAAGCAGGAAUCGUCAGCCCCAGAGUGUAUGUCGCUGGCUGCGCCGGUGCUGGGGGCUGAGACCGGCCCGCCCUUCGAGCUGGGCCUGGAGCCAGGCCUGGGGCUGGGCUUGGACCUGGGCAUGGAGUCCCUGGAUGAGCUGCCCUACCCCCUGAAGCUGGACUCGGGCCUGGGCGAUGUGCUAAUGGAGGGUCCGCUCUCGCCGGUGGGGGCAGGCGACCCCCUGCUCUCCUCCGUCUCCCCCGCCGUCUCCAAGGGCAGCAGCCGCCGGAGUAGCUUCAACAUGGAGGAGGAGCCCGGCCUCUAGGCCGAGGGGGAAGGUGGACACAGGGGAGAGGUGUAGGGUGGGGCACAGAGGGUGUGCCGUGCAGGAGGCUGACUAUGGGGUCCCCCUUUCCUCAGACACAGUCUCCUCCCUCUAAACUGGCUCCCUCCCCUCCCUCUCAACCCCUCCCUUGCCUCUCCCACUCCCUCCCUCCUCCACCACCCCCUUGCACUCUCCUUCCCUGCCUCUGCUCCUCCCGGCUUCCCUCUAUUCACAUUCUAGCACCCUCUAUCCACACUAUCUCCACCAUCCCUUCCUCCCCCUCCCCUCCAUCUGCCCUGUCCCACGACCACAUUAUCUGUCCUCUUCCCUCCAUCAUGCCCCCCCGUCCUUAUCAGCCCUCCCCUCCCCCCCACACCUUCCCCAUCCUCAUGCUUCCUGCCUCAUCUCCCUUACAUCCACCCCCCAUCCCUCUCCCUCAUGGCUGCUUAGACUUCCUCACAGCCCCCACCCAUCUCCAUCACUGCCCCCACCCGUCUUCCUCACACCCCCCACACAUCUCCCUCACACCCCCCACCCGUCUCCCUCACACCCCCCACCCGUCUCCCUCACAGACCCCACCCGUCUCCCUCACCGCCCCCACCCAUCUCCCUCACCGCCCCCACCCAUCUCCCUCACAGCCCCCACCCAUCUCCCUCACCACCCCCACCCGUCUCCCUCAUAGCCCCCACCUGUCUCCCUCAUGGAUCCCACUUUGUCAUAACCCUUCUCCCCCCCGACAGACCUUCACACUUUCCUCUUCAUUUUCUCCCUUCUCAUCGACCCUCUUCCCCUCAGGCACCUCUCACCCCCUGUGUAUAUGCCCCACUGAACUAGACUGUAAGCCCCCACUCCCCUCCCAGUCUACUCCGUCCCGGGACCCGACUGUUUGCGAAGCUUCCCACAGUUGAGUGUCCCGGACCUCACCGGACCAGGGAGUGGAGCCGUGAAGCCGGCUGUGAAUUUGGGGAGAGGAGGAGCGUGAGCUUCUCUCCAAGUGUUGGACAAUUAACGAAUGGCUGGACUGUAGUCAUCAACUUGACCUCUGUCCUGAUCAAGGCAGCGUUUCCUGGCGCCCAGAGUGGAGAUUCGCAAUUUUAUUUUUUAACCAGCAGGGUAUAUUCAUUAUGUAAAUGUGAUUAUUCAGCUAAGAGAUCUGUAAAAUAAAUUUUAUAUACUUCCAACACCAGAUCUGUUGGACAAUUGGAGGGAAGGGGUUUUCUUGGGGAAUGGGGUGUGCCUGUUUCAUCUGUGUCCUCAAGAGAUUCUGCAGAUGUAGGAAAUCUUGGAGCAACAUUUCAGGAAUGCUGCCCAACUCUAUAAAAGCCCGGUUAGACCACACUUGGAGUAUUGAGUUCAGUUCUGGUCACCUCAGCAUAGGAAGGUUACAGAAGCUUUAGAGAGGGUACAGAGGAGAUUUACCAGGAAGCUGCCUGGAUUAGAGAGCGUGUACAAUGAGAAUAGGUUGUGUGAACUGGGGCUGUUCUCUUAGGAGCGAAGGAAGAUGAGAGACAAGUUGAUAGAGGUGUACAAGAUAAUAAGAAGCAUAGAUCGUGUGGACACCCAGAGAUUUUUCCCUGGGGUGGAAGUGGUUUGUGAUGACUAUCAUUAAAUGUACCGUGGCGUUUGACGUGGGCACUCGCUAUCUUUGUUCUUAGCAAAAUUUUUCUACAGAAGUGGCUUGCCAUUGCCUUCUUCUGGGCAGUGUCUUUACAAGACAGGUGAUCCCCCCAGCCAUUACCAAUACUCUUCAGAGAUUGUCUGCCUGGCGUCAGUGAUAGCAUCACCAGGACUUGUGAACUGCACCGACUGCUCAUACGACCAUCCACCACCUGCUCCCAUGGUUUCAUGUGACCCUGAUCGGGGGGCUAAGCAGGGGCUACACCUUGCCCAAGGGUGACCUGCAGGCUAGUGGAGGGAAGGAGCACCUUACACCUCCUUUGGUAGAGACGUAUGUCCACCUCACCAACCAAAAUACCAGCGGUUAUAAUUUUAAGACGAAUGAAGGAAAGUUAUGUCAAAGUAAAGCUCUUUACACAUGUAGCUGUGGGUGCGUGGAACGCCCUGCCAGGGAUGGUGGUAGAAGCAGAUACAUCCGAGGCAUUUAAGAAACUCUUAGGUAGGUUCAUGGACGACAGAAAAAUGGAGGGUGAUGUGGUGAGUUAAUGAAAGUGUGGAGGAAGAGGGGGAUCUUGGAGUCCAGGUCCAUAGAUCCCUCAAAGUUGCCACGCAAGUUGUUAGGGUGGUUAAGAGUGUUGGCCUUCAGUAGCUUUUAUACGGACUGUAAAAGCUUUUAUAGAUAUGUAAAAAGGAAAAGACUGAUAAAGACAAAUGUAGGUCCCCUGCAAACAGAAACAGGUGAAUUGAUUAUGGGGAGCAA